AUGUCCGAUUUUGUUCUUGCUCUCGAUUUGGUUGCCGAAGCGACGAAUGAAAAGUCAUUCGGUAUUGAAAUGGCGGUUUUCCGUCAAAAUGAUCCAAUCCUAUCCGGAGAAAUGAGCCGAACUUCAAUGAGAUACCGCACCCAGUUCAGUAGUCCAAAAAACUCUAUUUUAACGGUACUUAUGACUUCGCACGGCACCGCCCACGUGGGCUGGAAUACCACGAAAUUUCAACAGCCUAUAUUAAUAAUAAUCAAACAUAAAAAAAAAAAAAUGCGAGAACAUACUUCACUUUCCUCUCCAUUAAACAUUUUACGUCCGACCAUAGCCGACGUAGUAACGGACGCACAACUUUUAAAGGCGGCUGAGAUAUUACGAGAAAAAUCUUUUGCAUCAGCAUAUUCUUUAGCAAGUGUGCUGAAUGUUAUAAAAUACGUUUUAGGUAAACCCUAUUUUCCUGAAAGCGUGUUUGGUAAUAAAAAAUCAUUAGCAUUUGACUUUGGAGGACAAGCUUGUGUUGUUGAAUUCGCGUCUUGUGACAACAAUAAACGUCCCUUUCCAAGCCCUUCUUCUUUAGACACUAGAAAUAAUUCCUCCCCUUCCCAACUUUUACAGCCUACAAUUGCUGACAUCCUUUCCGAUUCUCAAACUCUUAGACUUAUAGAAGUGUUAAAACAAAAAAGUAAAGAAUCACCUUUGAAAUUAGCUAGUUUAUUAUGUAUAAUAAAAGCUGUGCUUGACGAUGUGGGUUUAAAAGGUCUUUUAUUCUCUAAUAAGAUUACAUUUACACACUUUGUUUCUAAUAAUAGCAAUAACACUCGAGAAUAUAUAGUUGAAUUUGAAGAUCAACUGAGAUAUGAUAAUUUAUUUCCCUUAACUCAUAAUAAUGAAUUUUUGUUAAAUGGAUCUAAUAUGAUGAAUAAUACUUCUGAUAUCAAAGUUUGGAGACAUGUACAGACUGUCACCAAAAGAAAACGCAACAGUGACAGUCAUUCCGAUGAGGAUCAUUGUGCACCACCAAGUACAUCAUCGAAAAGACGUUCGACGGAUAAACACAAAGCUCCUCCAUUGAGUUGUGAAGCUGUUAAACGUCUUUUCACCGGAAUUUCAAAAACCACACUUCUUCAAAGACUUGAAGAGUCAAAAUUGUUAAUAUCGUCCAUUAAAGAAAGUUAUUCUGGUAUUCGUCCACCAAAUACCUCAUUGAAUUUAUCGUCGUCUUCUCGGUUGAAUCUUUUAUGUCAUCUUCUUCAAUCACCACCUACAUCCCGUAUCGAUGGCAUUUCUUCAAAAGUUUUCUCCAAUUUAGAAUUGUACAAGUUAUUUACUACAUACAAUGCUUACAAAGAAGAAGUUGCCCAAAAUAUUCAUUCAGAUCAAAUGAAUUCUCCUAGCAAAAGAAAUCAUUCGACCUCACCAACUUCAACCGAACCAUCUCCAAUUACUUUCCCAACUUAUUCUUCCUUUAUAGAUCCUACCGUUACACUUCACAUCAAAGAACAAACGGGCGGUAAAGAAGUUGGGAAACAUAGAUUGAACUGUGCUUGGCGUCUAAGUAUAUUAUGCGAAUUGUUAGGUAAAGGCGUUUUAUUAAUGACUAAAGAAUUGAGCGGAGCCAAAUUGGAAAGAAUUCUAGUUGAAGAGUUCUCGAAACUGGUUGAUUUCUUGAAAAAUCCUGAUAAUCAAGACUGGGUUGCUAGCGUAAGAGAGAAGAUGGAAUUGUCUGGAUUUGAAGAAGUUUAUGAACCUUUAGAUGAAGCUGAUAUUGGGGGUGGCGUUGUAGUCACACCUAUUGGAGGAAGUCUUAUUGGGAAUGAUCUUAUGAAACAAGGUGUUGAAAUAGGUAAUGGAAGCCAUCAUCAUAAUGGAAGUGGACAUGGAGAAAUUCCAAUUUUUGCAAUUGAUCAAAAUAUGCCACAUCAAAUUUCAUCACAGCAACAACAAGAUAAAAGGAUCACAACAAAUGCAGAAGAUACUGUGAUGAAUCAUCUUCAUAGUAAUCCUUUUGGGCAAAGAUAUUCGGAAAGCGUUAGCGUUACUGGUGAUCCAACUUCAAAAGAGGAUUCAAUGACCGUUUCUAUUCAAUCACCGUCGCAAAACUCACGACCUUUAGCUUAUCUUAAACGUAACGAUCAUCCAAAGUAUUGA